CCAGCCACCUGCUGAUAUCAAAAGUUUCAAAACAUUGCCACUCUCUACCGCAAUAACCAUUUGAUAGUCAGUCAGUCAAGUUUCGUUGACAUUGAAUUAAAGAAAUGAGUGGAAGGCGCACAGUGAUUAUCUUCAAAUCCGAAUCGGAGAGCAGUGACCGGUACGCGGACGAAUUACAUGCCAAUGGAUUCAAUCCGAUAUUUGUGCCAACACUGAGUUUCGGUUUCAAGAAUCUGGAACAGUUGCGAGGCAAAUUGCAGGCGCCAGAUAAUUUCGCCGGCAUCAUUUUCACUAGUCCACGCUGCGUCGAAGCCGUUUGUGAGGCAUUGCAGUUUUCCGAGCUGCAUGGUGGUUGGAAAUUGUUGCAUAAUUAUGCAGUUGGCGAGGUCACACACAACUUGGCACUGUCGUCACUGCAACAACUAUUCACACAUGGCAAGCAAACAGGCAAUGCACGCAAUUUGGGGGAUUUCAUAGUGGAUACGUUCGACGGUUCGCGCAAUUUGCCACUCCUGCUGCCUUGUGGCAACUUACGCACCGACUUGCUGCUUUCGAAAUUAGUGGAAAACGGUUUUCAGGUGGACGCUUGUGAGGUGUACGAAACUGUUUGUCAUCCGGCGCUGGCCGAGAAUAUGGAACGGGCUUUAAAGGCCGACAACAUCGAGUACUUUGCCUUCUUUUCGCCCUCGGGCGUUAACUGCGUGCAUGAAUACUGUAAGGCGCACAAUGUGGAUAUGGACAAAUGGAAGUUGGUGGCGAUAGGGCCGAGCACACGUUUGGCUAUGGAAGAGCGUGGCCUGCAUGUGUUUCAAACAGCCGAGCGACCUUCGGUGGAGUACCUCAUUAAGGUUUUAUUGAAUCCCAGUGUAGGACGACCAAAGCCGACUGGUGAGAUAAAAGUGGAAGACUAAUGAAGGAGGAUUCUUCAGUGGCGGGACUGAUUGUCAGCUGUUAGUUUGAAGUUUUUAAUUUAUCUAUUACAUGUUUAACGACGUACAAAGGGUGGCCUUAUCGAAUAAUUAUAAUGUUUGUGAUCUGGUAUAUAUAUUUACAUACAUACGUAUGUAUGCACAUUCAUUCGUUUAAUUCAAAUGGAAACAAAUGAGUGUUACUGGGCAAAAUGCAUUCAAUAUAAUUGUAGAUACUACUGUGCAUGCAUAUGUAUGUAUGCGAAUUUUCAGGAAAUCGUUCAAAUUGAUCGGCAUAUUCUUCAUUUUCUUUCUAUUACUAAGCGCAUGUAAAUCACCUUUUGCGAUGUAAAUAAGCUUCUGUAUAUUUGUAGGUGUGGGUGCGUUCUUAAAUAAACUUGCACUUUCGGCAAUAUACUUUGUACAUACAGAUAUACAUACAUACAUAUGCAUGCACAUAGUCGUCGCUUAGUUUAGAAAGAAGUGAUUCAAUAAAGUACACAUUUUUUAUUUGCUAUAUUCAA